AUGAAAAAAAAUGAAAUUUCACAUCAAUUUGAGAUCAAGAACAACAUUUAUAGAUUUUGUUUCUAUCAAAAAAGCAGAACUUUUGCAAGGGAAUUUUUUUUUCCUUUACAGGUGAUAAACCAUGUUGUUGUGCCGGCGGCUGUCUCCGCGAAAAGAACCCCAGUCCAAGGCAGACCAGUAGUGCAACCCAGACGACUACAGCCAUCAAGAAGAGCGUCAGUUCCAGCACGGUUGCCCGCUCUAGGAGCUGAUGCCAAUCACCAAAGUAACUUUUUCCCGAGACCUAAUCUCAUUAUUAUUCGUGAUGGUCGAAUAGUAGAACUCACGGAUCAGCAACAAAAGGAUCUCAAUCUGAUUCUCAGUGCGAUGGCUGUUCCGAAAAACGAGCCGUCAAACCGUAGAAGAGCUCCCAUUCGCAGAGGAAGAGCACCUAUUCGUCGAAUGAGACCAAGGGUUCAAUUUCAAAGGGUUCACGUGUAA